UUAUAAGUCUCCUCGUACGUCUCUAGUCACCGGAUCUUCUUUCUCGUCCCUUCCCUCUCGUGUUUGAAGUCACCGCAUAAACCCUAGCUUUGUGGUGAUUUGUUUCGUUAAUCAUGGAUCAACAGCCCGAACCAGUCACUUACGUCUGCGGAGAUUGUGGACAAGAGAACACUUUGAAGUCAGGGGAUGUGAUUCAGUGCAGAGAGUGUGGCUAUCGUAUUCUCUACAAGAAGCGUACCCGUAGAGUUGUUCAGUAUGAAGCUCGCUGAGAACCGCAACCCCCUAGAGAUUGAUUCCAAGUCUGCUAAGAUGGCAUUAAGAAGUUUCCUGCAUCUGUUUGUAAUAUAUCUGGACUACAAAAUCUGUUUCUGAAUUUGGCUAAGUGGUUUGAUUUGAUUACAAAAAAAAUGUGUUAUACUAUCUCUUUACCUUUUUGGUAAUGAGUAUAUAACUAUAUACUAUACAUAGGAUUCACAUUGGUUGAAUCCAUUAUUUGGGGGCUUA